UUCAACCCGGCCCUUCCUUUGCGCCCCGACAUUUCAUAUUUUUCUUGACGACAGAAUAGACAGAAUGGUUGCCUUCGACAAGUGCGAUACGCGGCCGGCACAUAUCGAUGCCAUCCUGAAUGGCCUCGACCGAUACAACCCGGAGACCACGACCGUGUUCCAGGAUUAUGUUGCUCAGCAGUGCGAGGAUCGGACGUUUGAUUGCUAUGCCAACCUGGCUUUACUGAAACUCUACCAAUUCAACCCCCACCUCCUUCAACCCGAGACCGUGACCAACAUCCUGGCCAAGGCUCUGACUGUUUUCCCCUCACCAGCCUUCUCGCUCUGCCUCGCCUUGCUCCCCGCACAUACUCAGCCCUUCCCCUCGGCUGCCAACGCGGAAGCCCAACCGGCCUCGGACUUUGUUGAGUCGAUUCAGAAGCUGACCAGCUUGUCCACCCUCCUUGAGUCCGCCCAGUAUGCCCAGUUCUGGUCGACGUUCAACUCGGACGACCUAUAUGCCGACCUGGUAGCCGACGUGGCUGGGUUCGAAGAGCUGGUGCGCAUCCGCAUCGCCGUCGAGGUCGGCAAGACCUUCCGUGAGAUCAGCGCCGAGGUCCUCGAGCAAUGGCUCGACAUCCGCAACCGCGAGACCCUUGAGAAGUUCGUCGCCGAUGUGUGCAGCUGGGAGGUGCAGAAGUCCGGCGCUGCUAUCACCGUCAAGGUCCCCACGAACAAGGAGAACGAGGCGCGCAGCGAAGUCAAGAGCGAGCGUGUGGGCAUGGAGAUGUUUGGCCGCGUUAUCCGCAGGGGAUUUGAACAGCCUGUUUGAACAAAGCUCGCCCCGGUGAAAACUCAGAAAAAAAAAAGAGAAAAAGAAAAGUCAUGAAUUAUCUCUUCGAACCCAUUUCAGUCUUCCAGCGACCAUACCACAAGUCGUUGUGUUGUCAUGUUUCCCUCCUGGCUUUUCCUCUUCUGACCUUGUCUAUAUCCAGACCACCAAGUAUGAGAGAGCCACCAGUGAUGACGAGGUAG